GGAGCCAUUAAAGAGUAGCUUGUAGAGCCGACCACGAAGUGAGACAGAGGAGCAGCAGUAACCAUUAAAGAUCUUUAAAUGCACACUGAUCAGAAGAAAUGUCAAGAGUUAGCUGGGUCGUCCUCUUUUUACCGGAAGAUAUAUUCAGAAGUAGAAGAAAUAGGGUGGGGAAAUCUUGUUAGAUUGGGAGAAGAUUUGACAUCUCUUAGUUUCCGUAUAAUAGACAAGAAGGGAAGAACACAUAUGAUGGGGAUAGAACUCGAUAAAGCCUACCCUAAAUCUCCCCCCUCAGUAUUAGUGGAUGUGCCUUGCGUCUUCAAUUUGCAAUGGUCCGUAAACUCCAAGCUAAAUGAUGUUCUGGAUCAGUUUAGACAGCAUCUGGAUAAGUUUCAACCCUUUUGGUCUACAGUGGAUGAAAUUGACAACUCUCUUCAGGUUUCUGGGCCUAAACAAACAUCUUUUGCCACAUCAUAUCGCCAAAUAGAUAUAGGCAAUGGUUGUUAUCUCAUCUUGUUUAUUGAUCCUAAUGACCCAAAUGCCCUGCCAGAGUGCCGCUUUAUUGGUCCAAAUUCUGAGGUUAAUGUACUAGUAGCAUCGUGGAGGACAAAUUGCCAAAGAUGGUUAUGUUGCACCUAUUUAUUUAUUGUUUGUUAUGCAUAUUUUGUACUCCCUCUGUGUAAGAGAAAAGAGUUUUGCUUUGUCAAGGACUACGGACAAACCGUUUGUUGAGAAUCUCAAGAGUUUAUUGAAGAUCCAAUUACCCGGACAUUCCCAUGAGCAGAUGAGUGAUGAGCGGCCCGAAUGCGGGAUUUGUUAUUCACAGUAUCUCCCAGUUGAUGAUGAGCUUGGAAGUGAUAGUGGAAGUGGCACAGAUUAUAACUGUCAAAAUAACAGCUGCCAGAAGGCCUUCCACAGUAUUUGCCUUUUAGAUUGGCUUCGUUCCAUCACAACAACGAAACAGUCAUAUGAUGUUUUGUAUGGUAGUUGCCCCUACUGCUCAGAUCCUGUUCGAGUCAAAAUCAACUCCGCCAGCAAGUAAAACAGUGCCAUGUCGUUUAGUAUUGCUCAUUUCAUUGAUAAUCCGUUUCCCAACAUUAGAAAUUUGAGAAAUGCUAGAGGUACCCCCAUUUUCUACCCCAUCCUAUAUUUGUGGCUCACAAAAAUCCAACCCAAUUAAAAUAAUUGCUUCAUUUUUACUCAUUGCUUUUGUGAACCACAAACAUAGGAGGGGUACAAAAUGGGGUACAAAAUGGGGGUAGCUUUAGCAUUAGUGUAGAAAUUUCAUUAGGUUGACCGCAUAUUAUUGUAACCACCGGUAAAAGUUAAAGUUAAAUCGUCUCUUAGAGAAUUAAUUCAAUUUAAAAGUUCUUUU